AUGGGGCCAGAACUCCCACCAGGUGAGAGACAACACAAACAACACAGGAGUGGCAGCAAAAAGCGACUGGCAGCUGCCACUUUGUCGGUGCCACCGAAGAAGCAAACGAGAGGUUCUGCGUGCUCUGAGAAGCUCGAGCUUCAGGGCCUGACAGGCUCGUGGCUGGUCACUGUGCAACGUCCCGUCGCAACAUUCCAGUACACAUUGGUCCAGGCUGAAGACAACAAGGUUUCUGGUACGGGCUGCGUGCUCGGAGAUAUGAGUCAGCCACCGAGCCAGGUCACUGGUCAUGUGCAAGGCUAUGUGUUCAUAUGGAAUGAGGAAGGGCAUGGAAAGUUCCGGGCGAAUCUUUCGACGGAUGGGCAGAGUUUCAGCGGCACAGCUCAGCUUGAUCCUCUUACGUGCGUUUCCUUCAAUGCCAACCGGAAAUGUGGUGAAGGCACUGAGCUGCAAACCGUCACGGUGGUCGAGAGCCGAAGCCGGGACUCGAUUCGAUGCCCUGUGUCCUUACUCAAGGACCGCAUCCCUGGGCUGUCGCGGAAGCUCGCGCCGGUGCUGGAGUCAGAAGAAGUACUGAGUGCCUGCCCCUUGGAAGAAGCUGCACAUGCCAGUUUGAUGCCUUUGCUGCGCGCAUUGGUUGCUGAUCGCUUGGAGGAAGCUGUCACCAUCAAACUUGCAAUCUACACACUGAGUCUGGCCGACUGGCUCGGUUGCUCCGAUGCGAUGAUGGAGGGCCUGGCGUCUGCGGCAGCGCAGCACAGUGCUGAGAUGCCUCAGAUGAUCCAAGCCGUGAUGCCGACAGCGGAGGCGAGCAAAAGCCUGGAGUGGGUUCUGAGAAGGGGCCUCCUCAUCCGUGACGCAAGAGGCAUCGAGGCCUUGGCUUCGCACACCGCCAAAGAUGCGUGGCGAAAUCUGUGCGGGAGGGCAGUUCUCCAUAGCCUGCUCAAUCUUGCAAGCCAAGAUCCAGAAGGGCUGAGGCUCAGUCCUGCAGCACACGCUGCAAUCCUGUUGGGCAUCCCUGCACGCGAGGUUCACACAGCGCUGCCGUCGAAACUGCGAUUCGGGCCCGGCGCUCAAAGUCUCGUCCUGGACUUGAGAAAGAAGGGUAUUGGACCGGAAGGUGCAGCACGGUUGGAGUUUCCAGGGGCGCUCCAAGAGCUGGACCUGGACCUAACCCGCAAGGCUGACCUCUCCUCCCCGAAAGUGGAGGGCAGGCUUGCAACAGGAGCCAGGGUGGAAGAAGUGAGCUUGCAGCGUGACCGAUUGCACUACAAGCUGCUGACUGGAGCCGGCCCGGCUAAGGGCUGGGUUUCUCUCAAGCUGAAGGAGAAGCCGUUGCUACAGCUUCGGCAUGAGGACUCGGCUCCACAUGGUGCUCACCGCGACAUGUCCAGCCUUUUUGGUCCAUUAACUGGGGGCGACAUUGAGACCGUCCCGAUCGCAGAGGAUGUGCGCCUUCGCGUCUCCACGAUCAGUGACAUUCACGUCGACAUGAAGCAGAACAUGGAAUGGUUCCGCAAACACCUGCCUCAAAAGGCUGCUGGCCAGUUCAAUGUGCUCAUUCUGCCCGGCGACGUGUCGGAUGACAUGCCCAUCCUUCGGGAGACCUUUCAGAUGCUGACCGACAGAUUCGACAUGGUGUGCUACACAGCUGGCAACCACGACAUGUGGGUGAGGCGUCCUGGAAGCCCGGCAGACUCACUGGCAAAGCUUCGCGACAUCUGUGACCUUUGCCAGUCGUUGGGGGUGCGCCUUCGGCCAGUCCGAUUCCGCCUGCAUAGCAAGGACCUUCUGCUUGUGCCGCUGCUGUCCUUCUAUGCAUCUUCCUGGGAUCAGGAGCCCGACCUGGAGUGGUGCCCUCCUGAACAGAAAGCAAUGGCCGGUUGGCUAGACUUCCGCAUCCUCAAAUGGCCGCAAGAGCUGAUAGACGAGGUUAUCUGCAGGGAGGGUGAGUUCAAGUUUGGAAAGGAUGGCACCUCCACUGCCAUCAGCGAGAUAUUUGCGGAAAUGAAUGAACCGCUGCUGGAGGGCGUCGCAGCCAUGAAAAGCACCUGUGAGAGUGAUGGCCGUGAUCUCAUCACCAUCUCCUUCUCGCAUUAUUUGCCCAGACAGGAACUCUUCCCUGAGAAGCGCUUCUUGGUCGACUCCAUGCUGCCAAAGGUCUCCGGAUCGCGUGCGCUGGAGAGCCAGAUUCGGCGCUUGCAGCCCGAAGUGCACAUCUUUGGGCACUCGCACCUCACUGUUGAUAAUAUAUUAGAAGGGCAGCGCUACCUACAGUGGGCCCUCGGUUAUGUGAACGAGCAGAAGGGCAUGUCCAGAGCUGUUGGCGACACAGGAAUUUUGCUGGUGUUCGAUUCUGGCGGCGACGAGCCUCACGUGGCUCCGAUUCAAGAGACAUUCUGGGGACGAUACUUUGCCAAAGGCUUGCGAGAUCCUUCCCAGACAUGUUGUGGCAUCCGAGCUGUGGGAGCUGCAGGGCUACGCUUGCCAGGCACUCUGCUGAGGUUGCGACUCAUCCUGCAGAAGUGUGACAUCGGGCCUGAAGGGGCCAAGGCUCUGGCCCUGCCUCCAACCUUGGAGCGCCUGGAGCUCGACCUCUCGCACUGCCUCAUCGGUCCGCUUGGGGCCUCCAAUCUGCAGUUACCACGUGGAUUGGCGGAGCUGGACCUCAGCCUGCUGCGAUGCGGCGUCGGAGAUCGUGGUGCCAAGGCCUUGAAUUUGCCUGAUGGCAUCAGGAAACUACGCCUGGACUUGGCGCGAUGCGAAGUGGGUGCUGAGGGUCUCAGAGGCCUGCGCUUGCCUCCGCGCCUGACGGCCCUGAUCCUGGAUCUGACGAUGUGUUCUGUUGGGCCAGAACAGCUCAAGGCCUUCAUAGCGACGUUGCCAAAGACCUUGGAGGUUCUGGAGAUGAACUUGACCGGUUGCAAGGUGAAAGCGGCCGCCAUUGGCAUGCUGCAGCAGGCUGCGAAGCUUCGAUUGCCGUUGCUUCCCAGUCCAACCUUGGUGAUCUAA